AAACGAGGGGCGCGCCGUACUUCGUGGUGAUGGUGGGGGUCGAUCGGCGAUUAUCGUCCGUCGUCGGAUUGAUUCGCAAGAUGGCGCUGAGGUAAGAAAGGGGAGUGCGCCGUCGAGACCGAAUUCCGGGGAUCAGGAUCAGCAUAGCGUCGGGAGAAGCCCAGAGUGGCUGAGUGCGGAGUCUGCGGGUGUAUCGCGAAACGCGUUGAUCGUUUGAUGGCGCGUCGUCGCGACGCCGUGCGGGGUGGGAUUAUGGUUUACUGGUAACUUGUUUAGCGUCGUUUACGGUGACGUCACGACGCCAGUCGUCAACAUGGGCGACUGAAUCGUGGUCGGCUCGGCUCCUAAGCUGCAACGCUUAGAGGUGAGGUUGGGUUUUGAAGUAAAGGCAUCGGCGGCACCACUACCACCAUAAUCAUCGUCGUCGCCGUCAGGGACUGCUGGGUUAAGCAGAGCCAGAGGAAAAAGGCAUCAGCAGUCGUUAGUUUACAAGAUGGCAGACGGGCCGUGCGGUGAAGAGGCACCGAGUCUAUUCGGCUCUAUAAAUCGCGUGCCCAAAGAAAGACACAAGUUCAACAACAACGAUCUCCUCAUGAACAUUGAUAACAAUAAAGAGGCCGUUAGUCUCAACAAAAUUUGUGAUAGGGAGUGCGCUAGUUAUAUCGUUGAAAAUAAAAGUGCUGGUGAUGUUGAUGUUGAUCGUGAUCGUGGCUUUGACGACGACGACGACGACGAGGAUGAUGAUGAUGAUGACGACGAUGACGAUGACAAUGACAUCGGCGAGUACGAAGACGAGGGCGACGUUGACGACGACGAAAUUAGCAGCAGUAGUAUAAUCAGCAGUUGCACGAGCGAUGGAAUCCUUGUUGUUAAUUCAACGAGCUCUUCAACGAAUGUUCAGACCACUCAAACAACCGUAGUCAACAACAACAACGCUAAAGAGCCAGUAGAUCAGGGUAGUGAUCUCGUAGGUAUGAUGAAUCCUGUGAAUAAUAAUAACAAUAAUAUUAAUAACAAAAAAUUGAAGCAAAAAACACUUGGUGGUAAGCUAGAGGACAGAAGUUUGUUAGAUGGAAUUAUCAUGAACGCCGAAACAAUAUCGUGCGGCGUUAUCGUUCAAGAACCUAAAAGAGGAGCAGCGGUUAAAACUAUCGUCGAAAUAAAACCCACGGGGCUCGUUGCUUCCACAACGAACUUCAAGGGACAAAUUAGAACCGCUGAGGAUAACGUCGGUGGACCCUGCGGGAAGAAACGAUGCGUCGAUCGAUACGAUAGCUCCGAAAGCUCCGACAGCCAAUUUCUCGAUCGAGAUGGCGGCGGUAAAACGCCUCGUGGCGAGGUGGUACUACUGCAUUUGGUAAGAUGGAGAUCGUCGAUCGAAGAUGACUUGUUGGAAAAUUUGAGGAGGAAAUUUUUUGCCGAUUACGAUUACCAUUGCGAUGACGACCCUUCGAACGAUGAGUUUCGGAUGAAUAUAAUUGGGAAAUACCCGAAGUCGAAGAUCGCUAAUGAGGAUAUUAGUAGGAGGAAAAUAUACUUGGAGGAAAUUUUUGGAAUACCCAGGAAAACGACGAGAGAAAAUUUUAAUUUUGGAUAUUCUUACGACUACGAUGACUUCGACGACGUUCACCCACGUCUUCCACGUCACGAACGUUCCUCGAAGAUUUUCCUAAGGACGAAAGAAAAUCUUUGGAAAUUUCACACGAUCUUACUGGAAACACUACUUCCCACGAAUAAUAUCCUACUUCCUGGCGUGGCCGUUUCAUGCGGCGAAUGCAGCAGCAGCGGGACCAGCGAUAUAACCGAACCCGGUUCACCCUGUAGUACGAGUAGCGACGAGGGUCUCGCCGGUAUUCGAACAACCGGCUCCGGUAAUCAACACAAACUGGCGCCCCCCACGCCACCCCCCAUCAGGGGGGCGCAAUGGCCUUGGACACCUCCCUUAGCCGCCACGGCGUGUUCUACCUUGAAGAAAAUUAAGGGUGAACCGGAAGCUGGCACCCUACCAAAGGCCGGAGCCGCGGAUCCAACGACCAGAGGAAAGACCCAUCACAAUCAGCACCUUCAUUUACACGACGGGACGAACGGAGGAAUGCCAUGCACGCAGGGAAAAAUCACGGAAUAUUUCAAAACCCAGAUCAAACCGCAGCAAAUCAAGGUGAAGAAAUCCUUGGACAUGUCGAUGAUGGUCGCCAAAAGUUCACCGGAAUUUCGACGUCCACCGACCGUUCAAAGGACCCACAAGGGAGGACUCGCCAAAUACCUCGGGACCGUACCUCCGAACGGAAGGACGAACGACUGGGAAGUUCGCACCAUGACUACGUCACCACCGCCUAUGAAGAAGCUACCGGUUGCCGCGCCGAGAGCGGUGCACAAUAAUAAUAACAACAAUAAUCCGAACAACCAUAACAAUAAUAAUAACAAGAUAGAGAAGCUCCAGAAUCCAGUGCCUAGUCUACCUACUUCCACCAACGUUCUGAAUUCACUGCCAGCGGUUAAAUUAUCAUCACUGAGACUACCGUCGGAUGUUAGUCCCGAUCCGAAACCCGAUCCUCAGGGGACGGUAAAGACUUCCAUAGACGGUGUGCAAAUAGGUGUCGAUUUUAGAGACAACGUAUUCGCUAAACCAACCGUCAAUGAAAAUAAUAAUUUAACAUCCACCAUCGUACCGACAAGAUCUCAAAACGAAUUGCACCUGUCGAGGCUAUCGCCUACCGUCGAAUCGGCUGAUCUUCAGAACAACGUUUCUACGAGGGCCGACGAAGAACCCGAACAACAAUUGUCACCCAUUUUGUCAGCUCCGACAACCAUCAGAUUUCCGGCGCAAGCACCGGGGAAAAAUAGACCACAGACAACGGAUACUGGCAUCUGCAGGUGGGACCGAUGCGAUGCCAGAUUUGAAUCCAGCAGCGGUCUUCUCGAACAUUUACAGGUCGCUCACAUCAAUACUCAGACGGGUGGCGAUAAUUUUAUCUGUCAUUGGCAAGGGUGUAAAGUACAAGGAAGAACGUCGUGCUCUCGUCGGUGGUUGGAGAGACACGUUUUGUCGCAUGGUGGAAACAAACCGUUCAGAUGUAUCGUGGAUGGAUGCGGUAGCAGAUUUAGCUCACAGAUUACAUUGGAACGACAUGUCAACGGUCACUUCAAUCAACCCGAAACCAGCAGCAGCAGCAGUAGAAAAAGUUGUGAAACUGGUGGAAAAUUGGUUAGAAGAAAUGGCAAACGUCUCAGAUACAGGCGACAGCCCUGGUCCGCGAGAUUAUUCGACUUUGUCGAUACCGGUGUUAUGGAAGGACUGCAUCAUCGGUUGUUAGAACUUGCCCGGACUCGUACGCAAGGCCGAUUAGCGGAAACACCAGGCGAUGCAAUGGCGCUAACUAGUCAAGUCUUAGCUCGAAGGGUAGAAAUGGAUGGAAAGACUAAAGUGUUGUUAAGAUGGUACCCACAAGACAUAGCGCCGGACGAAUGGGUGCUAGAAUCAGAGGUCCAGCCUACGAAACACGUGAGAAUAUGCAGUGUCGCAGCUACUUCUCCGGACGAAGUAAACAACGCUCUUUAUCCAGCAAUGAACGGUCGAAUGCCCCCUCAGACUCGAAUAAAACAACGCCGAAAACCGAUUAAAAAUUCGUGAUACCAAUAAAUUGUUGCAUGAUGGUAAAACAAAAAGAAGAAGACGAAGAAAAGAAGAAAAAUUGAAGUAAAAACAAAACGGAAGAUAACGAAUCUAAUGGAGAAAAAUUUGUCCCCUAGGUUGCGAGAAUCUUAUAAAAGCCACAGGCCUCGCACGGGGCUAUCUUAACAGAGUUUUUUGCACUCCUGAUGAUUAGUUGGAGGCCGAAUAUAGAAAAAAAAAAACAAACAAAGCAAAAGACAGCGGACAACAAUCCAUAAUGUGAGUUGAACAAUGAGGUAUAAGGUACUUUUAAUUUAUUUAGCUUAAUCAAUGAUAAAAACACUAGAAUAAUUAUUAAUUUUAGUAUGUUUAUAAUUUCUUAUUGUUCACGACGCGAUGAUCGACUCCAGAAAAGCCGGGUCGACCAAAAGUGCCUCACCAUGGAUGUUUCCCUAACUUGUAAAAUCUAUUGAAUAACGAUUUUCAACUAAUUAAGUAUUAUCUGUUAGUUAACCAUUUAAGGAGGUGAUCACUCUGGUGGCCUUACGAAAAUCAAUUAAUAUCUAAAUCGGUCUUGGCAUUUCUGGACUUGAGCUCGGAACAAACUUCUCAAUGGCAACGUGAGUUCGAAAAUUACAUAUUAAAAGGUAAGAUAUAUUAAAAGAAAAAAACAAAAAAACAAAAAAAAAAUAAAAUAAAAUGAUUUUGUUAGAGCGACGUUAAUCGUAUGAACGCGGGUUGAGAAAAUAAUUUUGGGUUGGCCGGCGUUUAAGUACAUCAAUCGGGCUGAAAUCCUGACGCAUUAAAAAUUAUACCAACGAAAUAAUAAAUGGGCGCGAAUCGGUUAUUAAUCGCCAACGGCCGACUCGAUCUCGAAUGUUUUCUAGAAAAACACCGUAUAUGGACUUGAAUUUGGAUCACUCGUUCGAUGGUUUAUAGUUGAAUGUAUUUUCCGCGCGAAAUUCAUUUUUCCCUUUCGACGAGUGGUGUAGGUAUAGUUGAUAAAUAUUGUACAUUAGAGAAAACUUGGAGAGAAUCGAAAUGAUGAUGAUAUAGAUAAAGAAUAAGACAAAAAAAAAAAAGGAAAAGAAAAGUAAAGGGGAGAAUAAUACACAACAGCUAAGAAUCACUGCCAAUAUGUGUAAUUAACAAUCUUAGGCUUAUUGAUAAUUAAAAGUUUAAUUGUAUGUAUUCUGGUAGAUCUAUAGCCGUCUAGUUAUAUCUGCGUACACGCAUGUUUUAUUAUUAUUAUUAUUAUUCACAUUAUCAUCAUUAUUAUUAUCAUCAUCGUCAUUAUUAUUAUUAUUAUUAUUAUUCCUUUGAAUGGCACUUGAUCAAUCAUUCAAUCAAUCAAUCGGUGUGACUAGUCUAUGUAACGUCAUUAUUUACCUAAUCGUUAGAGAUUUCCUGCUCUUAAAUAUGAAUUAUUCAACCUAAUCGUAUUGAAACUUAGCGAUGGAUGGAGAACGGAAAUAAAUCUACCUCCGUCGUUUUUAAUCUUUCCAUAUUAAUGUGCAAAUUAUCGGAGAAUGAAAAAAAAAAAAACGAAGAAAAAGAAUUAGACUAAAUUUGAGUCUUUUCAUUCAAUGGAAUACGAUCGAUUCAAUCUCAAUCAUCCUUCCCCGUAAUGGCAGGUUUCGUGAAUUAAUAUAAAUGAAUAUUUGAAUUUGUCAAAUAAUAUUAUAUGAAUAAUUAUAUAAAAUGUGCCGUGCGUGUAAACGUGGAUAGAACAGACCUGUAUAUAGUUAGAUGAAUUAUUUGAAACCCUCGACGUGACGCCUGGGAUCAUAGAUUAGCGUACCUUAAUUCUUAAUCCUUAAGUAUACUAAAAACUAUAAAAUGGAGAAAUCGACUGCCACUUAUCAAAUAAUUUCACUGCCAAAAUCACUGCCAGCUGUCAUGCUUUUUUAUUGGCAGCCAGAGCUGAAAUUUUUUAUACAAAAAACGAAAAAAAAAAAACAAAAAAACGAAAAAGAAACCUAAAUGCGAUUCGAAUUCGCGUUAAUAUUCGUGACUUUAUUUAAAGAAUAAACAAAGAAGAAUAAAACGUUAUAAUAAUUAUUAUAAUCACAACAGUAAAAACUAUCUUGUUCAAAAUGUUUUUGAGAUCCAAAUUACAAGAAAGAAAUUCAUUAAAAAAAAAUUGACACUGCCGAAAUAAAAUGUCAGUCGUCUGAAUUCCAUCUUGACGAAACAUUUGUACAGUCAAACGUUCCAUUUCAUAUUUAUAUUGUUUUUUUUUUAUUACUUUUUUCUGUUCAGGCACUCCUCAGUUUGUUUUAUUUUUAAUAAUGUGUAUCAUUUUUCUUCGCGCUAUACUGUCUUCUAGUGCCAUAACGUUCAAUCUCGUAUUUAUUGCAUCGAUCAUAUAUAUUAUUUUUUUUUUUUUUUCUAUCAUAAUUGAAAAUUGAUGACUCGAGAAGUCUGCACGGAAUCAUGUGAUUAGGAUUUCAUAUCUUCUUUGAUCAUCGAUUGAAUAUUUUUUUUUUCGUGGUGUGACCGUGCCAUUGCUACUACGUAUCCUGUGUUUGAUUUUUUUUCUAUUGAAUACGUCAACCUGUCGCAGAAUUUGGAAAAACCCAAAGUGAAUUAUUUUGCUUUUUUCAAAUCGCCGUAACUUGCGAUUAAAUUUGAAUUUUUUUCUAUUAUUCUCGAUACUAAAAUAUUAUCAUAAAAAUCUUACGAAUAUUAAACGCAGAGUACGCAGUCAGCGACGGGAUUCAUCGAGUCACACUUGAUCUCGAAAAAAUAAAAAACAAAAAGUACAUGUAAAUGAAUAAAUGAAAAAUAAUAAGAAGAAACUCAUGGCAAAAAUUUCACCGAAUGUUUGAACAAGGAUUUUCUAUGUAACCGUUGAUCAUUAUUCGGAUUGAUCAUUAUACCUACUACGUCAGGUAGGGUAAGAUUAUUCUUGUUCAAUCAUUUAAUAUGAUAUGGUAAUAUUGGACUGGAUCUUAAUGAUGAAAAUCAGAUUGAAAAAAUUUGUGAGAAUCAGGCACCCGAUCAUAGACUGAGAUCGUUAAGUAAAUUUAAAGAAAUAUUAUUAUUGUUUUCUUUGUGAUUAAUAAGGAAAAGGGCCAUUUUCCGAUCGAGUCGUAAACUCCCACCUAGGAUAAUAGAGCUUAAGGUUCCAUUUAUCAUUUCGCAUCAUAUUCACGAUUCACACUAGAAAGAAAAAAUUAAAAAUAAAUUAUGAUAUCGUAGUAAUUUGCAACGUAUAUCUCUCUCUAAAUAUAUCUCGUCACAAUACUCGAUUUGUUCGACAAAUUAGUUUUUUUUUUUCAAUUUGUUUUUGUUCUGAAUUCAUAUUCGAUAGAACAAAAAAGAAAAAAAAUACCUACUUUUCUUUGAUUUUGAAAAAAUUUGAAAAUCAAGUGUAUUUGAAUAGUGGUCCAAUUUUCAUAAAACAAAGGUAAAAAGAAAAAACUUCAUGGCAUAAAAAAUAAUAAUAAUAAUAAUAAUAAACAAAGUAUGGUACAAAUUAUGUUAGUUAUUGUCGAGAAAGAAGAAAAAAAAUUAAAUUAAUGUGAAAAAGGAAAGAAAGAAAAUAAUGACUUGGCUCGGUCGGUGAUGACUCCUUGUAAAUGAAUAAUAACAAGAAAGAAAAAAUACGAAAGAAAAAAUGAUUAAAUAUAUACAUAUGGCUGAAUCUAAUAGUAAUACUAACAAUAAUAAUAAUAAUAAUAAUUAUGUUUAUAAAUCGUAAUUAGGAAAAUAUGCUGUAUAAAAUCAGAGUGCGACUGUGUUGUUGUCGAUUAAUAAUUUCUCAUUCUCUCGAUAUCGCAGGGCUUUGUUAUGAAAAAAUAAAAUAAAAAUGAAAUAAAUGUUCUCCACGUCUUGACAUGAUUGGUGGGAGUAGUAUCACAUCUUGGUAAUAUUAUUGAUUUUUGAAAAACGAUACCUCUAAUAAUAUGAAAUCACAGAGUUGGAAUUCACCAAAAUCAAUUUCAACGCCGAAAUUUCCUGUCACUUAAUUUACAAUAUCAUCUCUUUCUUUCUCUCUCUCCCCCUUUCUCUCUCUUUAUAUAUAAUCUUGCUACGAAAUGUAAAUGUUUAGUAGAUCAUAAAAUAUUAAUUACACAUGCAAUUUACUGUGUUAUCACGAUAAAUUUUUUUUUUCUUAGCCCCGUUUCAAGACCAAUCAAAUCAUUCGUUCUAAAAAUAAGUUAACUCAUCGCGAAAACAUUUAAGUAAAAGGGAUUAGAGAAAAUGAAAGAAAAAAAAAAAACUGAAAAUUUUGUUAAUUAUAACUAAAGUUGGAUUUGAAUGGGUAAGAAAUAUUCUGCAGACAAAGUGUUAAGAUAUUCCAAUAUCAUGAAAUCACAAUUUAAUUUAAUUUAAUAAAUAUUUUAUUUCAUUUUAUUUCAUAACUUAUCUAGACUAUAAUAACAUGAUCAGUUUUACAUCUUUUUAUAACGAGGAAAACAAACGUAGAAGAGUAAAUUCAUGACAGUAGAGUUUAUUUGUGAAAAAUUUUACAAUUAUAUUUACGUUCGUUUCGUACAGCUACAUCAUUUAUUUCCUUCUGACAGCCGGUACGAAAUCAAGACGAAAUUUGUGAUUAUCCAGUCGAUAAAUGAAUAUAAAUUAAAUACAAAGUACAUACAUUAUACCCUAUACUACGGCACGUAUUGAGCAAUUUAAUUUUGCGCGAUUAGCGAGGAAAAAAAUGUUGAAGUAAAAGAAGAUUGAAACCGUUGUAUUCACUUAACUUUUAGACAGCUGUAAAUAAAGAUACUAAAAUUAAACAAUAUUAAGGGAGAAAAAAUAAUAAAAUACUUAAAGGUCUUCGUCAAAGUAAGAAAGAAAAAAACAACUUAAAUUUAAUGAAAUUAAACAAAAUAAAGGAAACUAUUGUAUACUGUUUCGGUAUUUUUGCAAAAAUAAAUUAAAAUGAAGUAAAAAAAAAACAAACAAGAUCGAGAAUGAAAAAACAAAAAGAAAUGAAUGAAUAAAAAUAAGUCUCGGUAAAAUUAUUAUUAUUAUUAUUAAUAUUAUGAAAAAGUCAGAUGCGUGAGGUUAUAGUAUUUAUAAUGAUAAAUAUUGAGUGUGAAGGUUUGAAAGAAAAGGACAAGAGAAAAAAAUAAAAUAAAAUACAUAAUUACCUAAAUUAGUCGUGGCGUGAUAAAUCCGAUUUUUCUAAUAACCAUCACCAGCCUCAUUGGCGCAUAGUUGUCGCAUAAUUUUUUUUUUAACGAGCAUUAAUUGUCUUGUUAUUUCGAGAGAGGAAAAAAUGCAACAAUAAGAGACACGAAAUAAUUAUCGUUAUUACUAUUGACAUUUGACGCUGGUAAAAUCAAAAGUGAUUAUUCAGCUUAACGAUGAUAGAAAAAGUGUGCGUAGAAAAUAAUGAAAGAACGUAAGGGGAAAGAAAAUCUUCUCAAGGAUUGAUGAAUGAUAUGUGUUACUCGCAAGAAUAUUUGAAAAAAAAUUGAAGCUUACUAGUUUUCGGAUGAAAAGUUUUUUAAAGGGUGCCCGGGUUAUGUCGACGUGUGUCUCUGUUUGUGUAAAGAUAAAUUAGAAGAAAAGAAAAGGAAAAGAAACAACCUAUGAUAGCUGAUGAAUGAAAGAAAAAAAAUGUAUAAAAGAUCACGAGGUCGGAUACAUAUAUUAAUAUUAUUAUUGUAAUAACGGGUAUGUUCGGAUUGUGUUCAUACGACGAAAUAGAUGAUAAACUGAAAUUGAUUAUUAAUUAUUAUCGAUCGUCGAUGGAUGAAUUAUUAAUUUUAUUAAUAUUAUUAUUAUUAUUAUUAUUAUUAUCACUAUUAAUAAUAUAUAUAAGCGUUCAUUCGAAUGAAGGGAAAAAUAAAAAGGAAAAAACCAGAAAAAUGAAAAGAAAUAAUAAUAAUAAUAUGAAGACUCGUACGUGUUUCUCUCUUGUAUAAUUGAAUUUCAUCAUCAUCCCAUUAUAGUGUGUAGAUAGAAUUCGGCAUUCUAUACAAGCUAUACCUACGUUAUCUCACGUAUUCGUAGUUACAUUACACAGGCAAAAAAAAAACAUUCACAUUACAUUUAUGUAUACAUUACACGAUAUUAUCAUUGGUGUUCGUUUAUUAUAAAAUUCUAUAAAAUAUGUACGUAAAUGAUUAUACAAUGAUGAAGGGAAAAGAGAAAAAGGAAGUGGGAAAACGAAAGAAAGCAAAAAAAAUAUGCUCAGGUAGUUUGUUUGAUUAAAUUUAUUUGCAAAUUUGCAGCGACACUCUAGACGACAAUCACCCUCAUUAUAAAAUUAUUCUAGACGAAUCGUCCGGUAAUUCAUAUCUUUUCUUCAUUGUACAACCAAGAAUUAGCGGUAUCUACAGAUAUAAUCUUUUCUAGAAUGAAACGUUGAUAUAUUAAUUGAGGAAAACAAUUCAUUUGAAUCAAUCUCUUCUCCUUGGGUUUUUUUAUUUAUUCUUAACGAUCGAUAUUAUUCCAAUUCGCUCGAUUUUGAUUAAACUCUUGAUAGACUUUUCGUUCUCAAAAGAAGAAAAAAUGAAUAAACAAAUAAAACAUAAAUGAAAAAAAAACAUGAAAGGAAAUUAUGAAAGCUCUGAAGCCAAAAUCAUAUCGAUUCAAGUAACAUAUUUACACAAUGAUAAAAUCGAAAUGUUUUGUCGAAAUAAAUUAGUUAAUUAUUUCAUUAUAUGCUUGCCGGAGUUACUAUACUGAACAUGGAAAUAUUUCUCACCACAAAGAAAGGUUUAACCGCAAUGACCAGGAGGGGUCUCACUGGAUAAUUCCUAAAAAUAACGUAGAUUGAAUGACGAUGAGAAUAUUUUUCAUCCCUUCGUAUCAAUAAGAUUUAACUUUAUUCGUGUAAUGUCAUCCAAAAACAUCGAUCCUUUUACGACUGGAUAAAAUUUUGUUGAGUUAUAUGUCUAUUAGACGAAUCGACGAAGAAAUGAAUGAAAAAAAAAAACAUGAAACGUAUAAAAUUAAUUUCAGAAACGGUGAUCAUCGCCUGAACAUUUUUAUUAUUGAAACCCGUAAACACGUAACGCGAAAAAUAAAAAUAUUUUGUUACUGAUCUUCUUACUAUGUAAUAUGUAAGGGAAAAAGACACCACAUAGCUGUUACAAUCCAUACCCUAAUCUAAAACUGCGAUAAGAAGUGAUACGGAUCUGCGUAUUAUAUGGAAUAUGAGUACGAUUGAGACACACACUCGAUCGCGUUAUGUCACACUCAUGGAUUUUCGUUUCAUUACUAAAUUGUGUUUCGACUUUCAUAGAUUAUUUCUCAUUAUCAGCAUUAUUAUCCGAUGUAGUUUUUAUUUUAUGAAUAAGUAUUAAGGUUGUCACAAGCAUUAUCAUUAUAUUAUGAUUAUGAUUAUUAUUACUAUCGAUACGCAAAUUUUAGUCGUAUAAUUUUUCGUUUCUAUUAUUUAAAAUUUAGAAGAAAAAGGAAUUUUUUUUCAGAUUAUGACAUCAAUUUACAACGUUUUGCGGUUGAGAGCCUGUCUUAUUUCGUUGUAAAGGCAAUCUAACUACCUCAGUUCAUAUUUUAGAGUGAAUAAUUUUUGCCGUUAUAUACCUACAUAUAUAUGCAAUAUAUAUGUGCACAUAUUAAAUACAAACAUGAAAUAUGAUACGAUUA